AGGUCGCGGCGAUGCGGCCUUUGCUGCGGAAGAACGCCAUUAGCAGCCGCCAUGGGCUCUCCAUGCCACCUCAGCGACUCCAACGUCAGGACCAGAUAUGGGAAGCCUACCAGGUCGUCGAAGAAGAGCGGCGCCAUGUACUCGGAUUACUACGAGGAGCAGGACAAUCCGACCAUCACGCUGGCUCAGCGUUCCGUCUCCAUGACGGCGCUGCAGGGCGGUGGCGUGGUGCCGCUGCAGCCACGAAUGGCCCAACUGGAGACGCUGGAGGCUAAGAUGGCAAGUAUUGAGGUGUCAUUGUCAACAACUGCCACGACGACUCCUCGCCGUAAGAAGGUGGCAGCCAGUAGUACAGGCUCUGCAGGCGGUGUACAAGUCCAGAGGACUUCCAGAGAUGUGGCUCGUGAACUGGAGGCACUGCGCAAUGCACUGCGGGAUAAGGAGAAUGUCAUACAAAGUCUGAAAGGCCAGCUGUGCAACCCAGGAAGGCCAGGAGGCAUAAAUUUCUUGCGAGGCGGGGGCUCAGUGCCACUGGCCAGUGACUGUGAGCGGCGUGCAGCCCGUGAUCGUCUCAACAGGCUACGCCAGGACAUGGACAACAAGCGGCUUGCAAUUAAGAAUCUGGCUCUGGCACUCGAACGGCUGGAUGUCUCAGAUAAUAUUGAUGCGCGAAUCCAGCAAGCUGAACUAGAGUUUCAGCUUGGUCGUGAGGAGCUGAAUUUACUUAGUCUUCUGGAGGAAGCACGGGCACUGCAAACUUCAUUGGAAGAAAUUGACAGUGCACGAAAUUCUCCAGAGAAUGCAUCUUUGUUCAGCUGUGUGAGUGGUGCAGAUCGAGUGACACUGCAUGCUAUCUCUGUGGACUAUGAUGUGAAGAGCCCACGGUUUGGAGCCAGUACCCGUGACUCUGCCCCAGGACUGUAUGUUGAAUGGGCUGCUGCGGACUGUGGCAUUAUCAAGGGUGACAGGUUGCUGGAGGUGAACGGCAAGUUGGUGAUGUCUGGCAGCAAAUCAGCAGCUGAUCUGCAGCGGUUGCUUUCUGUGUCCCCGGCACCUGCACAGUUGGUGGUGCUACGCACUCACAGCCACAGUGAUGCAGACAGUGAACACGGGCAUCAGAGUACCUGCAGCAGCCAACUGGAAGUGACACGGGAACGCGAGCGGGCCGAAGACGCCGAGCGUGACAAUGUGCGCCUCUCACACCGGAUCUCAUAUCUGGAGGAGCAGGUGGCUGAACUGCGGAGGGCUGCUACUGCCGCGACAUCUGCGCAUCCUGCCACUGCUCAUGGCGUGAGGGCCGACAUUACAGCCCCCACUGAGGGCCUGCUGCAGGUGUUUCAAAAAGGACCACAAGUAACGGCCCUUGUUGCGAACCUGCCAGGCAUGGCUAGUCCCAAAAACUGCUUGCCAACACUACGACCGAAGUCAAGGACCCAAGAUUCUCAUAGCAGCAAAUCUCUAGACUUUGGUGGGAAUUCAGAUUGUUCGUCAUCGGCGGGACAGUUUCAUCAUCAUAAUCAUCAUCAUUAUCAUAGACAUAAUAAACAUAGCUUACACAGUGCCCGAAGCACCAACUCACUGGAUGCAAGCCAUACGAGGAUCUCUGCCUCAAAGCAUUUAUUACAACCUCGAAGCAGACAUCAGCUAUCAGAGACCCACAAGUUAAGGAAUGGGCAUCACACAUCAGAUUCAUAUAUUUUAGAUGGUUCAGAUACUUUGGAACAACAGAAGCAUACAAGACAUAAAGAUCACGAAAAAUCACACCAUCAUCGAAAAAGUGACAAUGGCGUACCUACCUCAGAACAUAAAAGCACCACAAGAAAUCUUAGAUGUGUGAAUGAAACACUCAGAGAUGGAAAGAUAUGCAAAUCCUAUGAAGUGCGGAGUGUUAAACCCAUGGACUCUGAAACAGAAUUGAGGGGAAGUGCAAAUCAUAAUCAGUCUGAUAAUCAUGAUCACACAGAUAACCAGAGCAGCAAGUCCUCCGAUUACACUUCUGAAUCAUCUGUAAUUAUGCUGCGUCAAAAUGGAGACAAUAGCAAACUCGGAAAUAAUUCUGUACCUAGAGAAACAAAACCACAAAGGCCGACACCUCCAAAGAAACCACUACGCCUCUCCCUGCAGCGGGCAACUAGUCUGCAGUCUGUUACCUUGUCACAAUCUCUGUUACCAGCUGCAACACAAUUGUGUUCCACAGAUACUUCUCAUUUACGGAAACUAACAAAGAGAAACCACAGAACAGAGGAUUCAGUAACUGCUAAUGACAGAACUCCUUCUAGAGCAGAGUCUUGUCAAUCAGCACUAAGGUGGCCACCAUCAACAGAAAGUAUCCAUCAGAAUUCUCUACUUAAUACAUCCCGUACCAGCAUUAUAAGCACAUCUGGAAAUUCUGAAAAGUGGUACUAAAAUGGUCAAAUUUAGCAGCUGUUUUUGUAGUCAAAGCUUUUGUGUGUUGUGUCUGUGUUUUAGAUAAAGCAGUAGAAACAACAAUACUCAAAUUUGUGAUGAACAGGAGAUGUCUAUAUAAAAAUGUCAUACAUGUAAAAAUUCAGAGUUGUGUCUGUGGGAAAAUGCGUGAGACUUCAUAAGCACAUUUGACUGUUCCUUCAAGUAAUUUGUAAUGGUGGAAGUAAAAGCUUUAAAUAAAUGACUGGAGAAUAAAGAGGCAGAAGGAGACCGAAGAAUAUUUUAAGGUCUCAGAUGUUUCCAUUUGUAUUAGGCAUCAAAUGAUUAUGUACAAAUGCUGGAAAGCAAUAAGAAUGUAUAUUUUGUAUUAUGUAUAUUUCUGAAUAAUUACAUAUUAUUUUUGAAAAAUUAAA